GUGGGGUUCAGAGCAGCCUGGCCUCUGCUGGCUGCAGCAAACUUCACUGGUCUCCUUGUCCUCACAGGACAACUGCUCCCACCCUUCCCUCUCCAGGAGGGCAAGGUGAGCCUCAUGGAGAACAAGUUCUGUAACAUGCUAUAUGGACAGAGACUCAGCAAAGACAAGAACUACUCUGUGUACGAAGAGAUGCUAUACACCGGGGACUUCUUGACAGGAAAGGCCAUCUGCAGUGGUGAUUCCGGGAGUCCCCUUGUCUGUGACCUCCUCAACACCUGGAUUCUGGUAGGGCUGGCCAGCUGGGGCUUGACCUGCCGGCACCCCAUCUACCCCAGUGUGUUCACCAAUGUCACCUACUUCGCAGACUGGAUCAGGGAGACCCAGAGGCUCGCAUCUCCUCCUGACCCCACAGCUGCUCUUCCUCAGACCCAAUUUCCAUACCAGCCUCUGCAGACUGCAGGCUCUCCUGGGCCUGGCACUGCCCUUGUGCCUCCGCAGACCUGGCUCCCACUGCUGUCUGUGCUCAGGGUCCAGUGGCAGGCCCUGCAGUGACCCCCCGCCCGCACUCCUGCUGUCUGCCUCAGACCCCAGUCUCCAUGCCUCCCCUCCCCCAGCCCCACCAGCUCUCUGUGCUUCCUUCUCCUUGGCUUUCCUGUCCCUCAGCAGCCACCCCCCAAACCAAGCCUGAAAAAAGAAAAAGAAAUAAAAGUUUCAUUUGUUUCCAGUA